AGACAAGUGAAGAAGGUGCGAGCCUCGUCGACCAAAAUGUUAAACGGCAAUAUUUUACGCUCGAACAGAAGACUGGUGCUGGUGAUUGUUCUCGCAGUGUCGCUGGUGUAUGGCAUCGGUUAUGUUGUAGAUAAAUUAUUGGCGGUACGCAUUCAAUCAAGUUCUUCGUACCUUCGAGACACAAUAUCAACAGAAGUUUUUGCGACUCGUAGUGGUUCAAAAUCUUCCUGCCUCCGAGAUGCAUUUUCAGGCAUUGUGCUUGUGAUUGUUUACAACUAUGCUUUCUACUCCAGUAUCCCAACUCUUACUGCACUGUAUAAGAAUGCCUUUCCAACGAUCAUGUUCUGUGGACCGCAGAAGACUUGGAACUACACUGUCGAAGCUCUUGUCGUUAAAAGAGGUUUCUUCGUCUACAAGUGCAUGUCACGUGCCAUGGAGAAAUAUCCGGGAUACGCUGGUUAUUUACAAAUCAGCGAUGACGUAUUGUUAAACUACUGGAAUCUGGCUGGUAUCGACCGAGACAAAAUCUGGGUAUUUUCCAGGUAUUCAAUUCGUAUCAAAAACUGGUUUUGGUGGACCUCCAAAUAUGGAGUGAAGACUUGUCAGAGGGCUCUCAAUGAAAUCUGGACUUUGCGCAAAUCUUUUGAAAAUGAAUGGCUGCUGAACAUGACUAGUACUUCAGUUAACAAGGAAGACCAUUCCCUUGACCCGUUACGGGGCAUAAACGGAUCCGUCGAUCUUUUCAAAAGGAGUGAAAACUGGGCUCUCCUUUGCGAUCGAAGACGCUCAGACAUAUUUUACAUUCCUGGUAAAUUUGCAGCUGCAUAUAAAAAACUCUCUCAUAUUUUCCACAAGCAUCGAACAUUCCUAGAAAUUGCAAUUCCUACAAUGUGUCAAAUUCUCGAUAAGGCGGAAAAUUUUGAGUACAUCCCUGGAGUUUAUCUGCCAGGAUACUCAAGGGACCGGGAGUCUUUGAACUUUUGGAAAACAUAUGACAAGACACGGUUGGUGUUUAUUCAUCCUUUUAAACUAAGUUAUAGACAUGAUGGAGCAUUAAAUAAGGAAAUACUAAGGAGCUGGAUCUUAGACUAUAGUGACAGUUUGAGUAAAUGCUAA